AUGCUGCCAUUAUAUCUACUCACGUCGGUGAAAACACAGCCUAUCCUAGUGGAGCUGAAGUCUGGAGAGACGGUGAACGGACUGCUGGAGAACUGCGAUUCCUGGAUGAACCUGACUCUCAACGAUGCCGUCACUGUCGACCUGCACGGCAAACGUUUUGAAAAGGUGCCCGAAGUGUACGUGCGCGGGAACCAGAUCAAGUACGUGCGCAUGAGUAACGACGUGAUCGACAAGUUCAAGGAGCAGAACAGAGGCCAGAAUAGACAACGGCCGAUGCAGAAGAGACAGCAGAGAAACGGAAGAGAUAGAGACCCAAGAGACAGACGGAACGGGAACCAGAGAAGAUGA